AUGAGUUUCCCUCCGGAGCCCCGGGGUCUCCUUCUACUCCUCGUCGUCUGGACCGCCAGCCAGCUCUGGCCUCCCUCCGCGGCGGAAACGGCGGCCAGCCCCAGAAUCAUCAUCAUCACCUCCUCCUCCCUGGGAGAGAAAAGAUUCCUGUUUGGCCCCCCUGAGAGCCAUAUAGUUCUCUACCAUGAACAGGGGACGCCUUCUGUGUUCGUGGGAGCAGAAAGCAAGCUUUACUAUCACAACUUCGACAACUCCACAGACUAUGAAGUACCUUUUAAAACAACUAGAAAACCCAGUAACUGCAAAAAUGAUGAUGACAAGAAUUAUCUUACGCUCCUCGAAAAAUAUCAGGAGAAGUUGUUGAUCUGUGGCACCAAUGCCUGCAACCCUACCUGCUGGAAUUGGGUACAUGGGAAGAAAGAGAUAUUUAUGCAUGCCCAGGGCUUGGCCCCUUUUGGCCUUGAUCCCAAUGCUCUUGUUCUUGUUGAUGGCGACGACAUCUAUUCUACAAUCAAGAAGCAUCAGUACAAUGGAAAGAACCCUCGAUUCCGCCGGAUCCUUGGCUCUACGGAGCUCUACACCACAGACAUGAUGAUGAAGAAUCCACAGUUUGUGAAGGCAGCUAUGGUAAAGCAAGACAAGCCUUACAAUGCCAAAAUCUACCUCUUCUUCCGAGAGGACAAUCCAGAUUCUUCAAGGAAUCCAGUGGCCUCGAAGAGCAUCUCCAGAGUGGCUCAGCUGUGCAAGGGAGACAAAGGAGGCAGCGGUUCCCUCUCGGCAUCCAAAUGGACAACUUUCCUGAAGGCCACUCUGCUCUGUGUUGAUGGUGAUCGGCAUUUUAACCACCUGCAGGAUGUCUUCAUUGUCGAGUCACCCAUCUGGUCUCAGACAAAGAUCUAUGGACUCUUCUCCAAUGAGUGGGAAUAUUCAGCAGUCUGUGUUUAUUCUGUCGGUGCCAUUAGUGAAGUGUUCAGAACUUCGCCACUGAAAGGCUACACUGGAGAGCCCCCUGCUGUGAGGCCAGGACAGGUAAGCGGCAUGUGGAGAAAAUCUAUAGUGGAAUGGGUUAUUAAAACCUUCUGCUGGUCUACUUUAAGCCCUCUUCUCCCCAGCCAAGAUCACAACCCACCUUUCAUUUUUUCUUAUUUCACUUUCUUAUUUCUCAUCUCCCUUACCUUUUCUGCAGACAGAGGGACCAUCCACAAGGUUGUAGUACUGCCAACAGGUGCCAUAAAUGUCCUGGAGAUCCAGCCAUUCCAAUCUUCUGCUGUCAUCCAAUCCAUGAUUUUGGACACUGCAAGAAAAGAGCUGUUUGUGGCCUCUCUGAGCGAAGUCGUCCAGCUCCCUCUGGCCAUGUGCGGGGCAUAUAAGAACACUUGCGGGAGCUGUGUACUGGCACGAGAUCCGUACUGUGGAUGGACUGGUGAGAGGUGUGGUUCUGUUUAUGACCACAAGCAACAUGGAAAUAGGACGCUAUUACAAGCUCUGACCCGUGAUAACUCUUCCGAUAUUUGUUCCUCUUCAAGCAACAACACAAAAGAAUCUGGCACCGAACUCCAUAUGAAUGUCACAGUGCCUCAGCAGUCCCGCUAUUAUCUGAACUGCACUGUUGAAUCCCACCACGCCAAUUAUACAUGGUUUCACAACAACCGAGCCAUUCUGCAUUGUCGUCCUGGCCACCGUCACUGUAUCCACUUCAUUGACAACAUGACCGAUGACCUCUACGGCACAUAUUCUUGCAUUGCCAAGGAGGACUGGUUCACUCAGACACUUGUGACUGAAAACCUAGUCAAGCCCUUUUCCAAGACUAUAGCAUUCAGGGACAAACUGCAUAAGGACACGGCCACCACCACAUCUGUAUCUUUCUGGCUGGGUCUCCUGCAUAUGCUAGCAGUUGUCUUGGUCAUCCAGUAGACAAAGUCCAUCUAAUGACUUGCCAUCAUAGUUGAUCACAAGGAGCCAGCCAGGCAUGCUUUUCUUCUUCUUCUUUUGUUGGUGGUUCACAAGAUAUUCCCCAUCUGAGAAGAUAGACUUCUUACAGAAGGUAGAGAUUUCUGAUCUAAUCCUUGUGUGUCCUAUCCUCCCCGUCCACAGAGUGGAAGUUUGUCAAAAACACCUGGAGAACCAAAACUUGACAACCCACUUUGAAAUAAGUAUUUUGGACAGAAACAUGGUUGGUAUCAUGAAGGGGGUGAUAAAUCUGAUGAUAAAGGAGAAGCAUCUAAAAUAGGGGAGAUGGGGAACCUGUCACCUUACAUCUGUGAUGGCUUUAUACUUUUUAUUGUUACUGACCAUAGGCCUUUUGUGCUGGAUCUCAUGGGAGCUGGGGGCCCACAGGGUACUCCACCCCUGUCAAAACCAACAAGGCAUGAAAGAGCCAGUGGGUCAGAGGAGAUGGCUGGAAUUAGACAGUAGGGUUUUGGUGAAGGUCUGUAUUGGCUCAGCCAAUAGAUCAGCCUGUAGAUAGUUGAAACUCAGGGAGAUGCCUAUUUGUCCUUAUGGGCCAGAAAGUUUGGUGGUCCAAAAGAAGUAGGAAGGCUGAUGUCUAUAAAGUUUUUGGAACCGGGCUGCAUACUUUGAGCUCAGGUUUUAUAAGAUUUGGUCUCUGUACCAGCAUGGGUGAAAUACUUCUUGUCAUGCGUAGUCUGCAUCAUGUAGACCUAGCCAGCUUAGCUGAUGGGCACCACAAACAGUUGAGGGGAUUUGCAAUGCAACUCCACUCAUCUGGAUGAUCAUAUAUUUUUCAACUUUAUUGUACUUUCUGGUUUGGUUUGGGUUUUUUUGUUUUUGCAAAAGGGUGUAUACUCAGGAUCUCAGAAUGGUUAUCAGUCCCUACCAACUGAUUUUCUGUAGGCAUCCAGUUAAUAUUAAGAUCAAUGUCUGGUAGGCCUAGGUGCUCUAAUAUAUGACCAGAAGACUAGUCAGUGUCCAUCAGUAGAGAAGCUCCUGGCCACCCUUGACCUGUCCUGUCUAUUCAUAUAUUGGCCUGUUCCUCUUCCUGUUCAUAUGCCGAAGGGAUCCCAAAGAGUCCCUCUUCUGCACUUUUGAGUUACACAUCACAGUCUAUUUAUUUAUUUAUUGCAUUUAAAAUAAAAUCUUGGCCAGUCCUUUGCAGGGAAAGUGCUCAGGGAAACAGAGAAGGAUGAUGGAAACUCAUUUCCAAAUAAUGAAAUAUUAAUGUAAAAGGCAGAUGUGGAAAUAAACAGCAGCAAACCAAAGAGCAAAAGCUGUAAAGAGGUCACUGCACAGUGAAUGUCAUUUCAAGCUAAUGAAAAACUUCUCUGCUAUUUUUUUUUAAAUGAUGAAAGUUCCAUAGCGAUGCAACAUAGAGAGGGGAAUCAAAGUCUGAUUAACAAAAAUACAGGCAGGCAUGCACACAGAUGAUCGCAGAGAGAUGCAGACGUGCUCAGAGGAACAUACAUAUAAAAACAGAGAAGCAGAUAGAGAGCUAUAGAAAUGGCUCAGUGCACAGAGAUGCUUGCAGGGGGGGGACACGGAAAUGUUUAGAGAGAUACAUAGAAGUACUCAGGAAGCAUACACAUAGGAGUACAAAGAUGCUGUCAGAGAGAAAUACAUGAUAUGCACAUAUACAGAGAUACAUGCAUGUAGAGACAGAGAUGCUCACAGAGAGACGUGCAGAGAGUGAGAAGCAUACACAAAGCUACAGAUGCAUAUUGGGUCUGCAUGUGUGCAUCUAUGCUUGUUAGCUUUUCAUCUAAUUGAUGGCUAAUAUUUUUUUAAACGUAGAUAUGUUGCAAAUUCAUGCCUGUAUUUGAACUCCCAGGAUCCCUGGUUUGAUAAGACCUGUCAAGAAUUCAAAAUGUGACAGAUUGGGUCAAAUGCAACCACCUAAUUUAGUGAUAAAAAAUUUCAUGACCUCCGAGCCACCACAGAGAAGGCCUGGCUGGUGAAUUUUACGGAAGCAUUCUUAAGAGGAACAUCCUUUGUUGUUCAUAAUCUUCAGUCAAAGAGCAAAAAAAAUUGAAAUGCUCCUUUGCCACCUUAAACGUGUAACUUGAGAACAGCUUACUUGGAAUGUUAAGUCUCAGCUGAAACUGACAGGACUUAACGUUUGAGAAAAUGGGUUUGGGAUUUGGCUAUGAGAGCGCUAAACCGUGAAGGGCAGCGACUGACUUAAGAUCGGGAUCUCUAGCGUCCUGUCUUGAUUGAGCAAGCUGUAUGGAGUGAGCUGGCAAGAGGUCAGAGAGGAUGUUAGACCUCCCUCCUCCACAAACUUCGUAUUUUUAGUUUAAAGCAGAGCUGCAUCGCAGAAACCUCUGAGCUGUGUGCGCCAACAUUGGCAAAAACAAACCAACGAACAAAAGCUUGAGAAGUUCUUUCCACAACGUGGUUUGCCCACGGGACCAGCUUUCAGCCGUCCUUUGUCCCACUGAGGCAGGCCUCCAACUAUGGCUGGGUCUGCCUGUGAUUCAAACUGUGAAAUAUCAAGGGUGCUCUCCUUUUCUAGCCGGUGAGGGGUUUGUUUUGGCCCCCCCAAUCUCUUUGCCUGGAAGCAGAGGAGACGUGCCUCAUUGCACUACAAGUAUUUGUGUGUGGUUUUGAAUGUCCCUUUCAUCAAGUCAUUGUGGGUUUCCUUGUUGUUUUGCUGAUUUCUCUCCAUGCACUUUAAUUUAUUGUAUAGAUUUUUAACAAAGGAGCCAAUGUACAGUAUGUUGUUGCUAUUUGUAUUUUUGCACUAUUUCACAUGCAUUUCCAAAAAUAUCUUUUUAAAAUAAUAAAGCUCUGCCAAGCUGA